GCUGUUUCACGUCUGCUAAAAGACUGUGAUGAACAAGGGUUGUGCAGCAGAAAGAGUCUGACAGUCGACUCGGAACAGCUCACUGCAAAGAUUGUCGGUGGAAUUGCUGUCAGUGAUAAGCUCUCAGCAAAGCUAAUUCGACAAGGAGGAGCAUUGCGAAAUAUUGUCCUAAAAAAAUUCCAUCAACCAAAUGCGCAGUUGUCAACAAGAACAGUGAAUGUUUUAAAAGGAUUAAUUGAAUUUAUACUGAACGAACUGCACACACAUCACCAAACAUAUUUCACAGCGACAGAAUUGCUCAACAAACUGGCUGCUGUAAACGAAAUUUUGGCUAAUUACCAACAAAAUGCUAAGUCCGCAAAAUAUUCGGUUUUACGGUUUUGUUCAAUUGUGAAAUUUAUGAAAACGAAGCUGGAAAAUGCUCCAGAUGAUGACGAAUGUGCUAGUAGCUUCUUCGAGUAUGAAAAAGUUGUGGCACUGAUAGAUAAAGCUGCGGUGAAUAGCCCAGUCUCAGAAUUUUGUAUCAACGAUCCGAAUGAAAGCAGUGGUCUGGCACCAAAAGCUAUAACUCUGCAAACCUCUGACAUUUCGCAUGUUUUGGACACUAUCGAGCUGGAGAAUCUCACGAUAAAAUCUGAGUUAUCGCGCUUGCACUCUGUGAUGGCUGAAGAGGUUGAAGAAGCACGGGAAGUUUGGCGAAAUUUGGAAACACUAGCUGAACCAGCUCCGCUCGAGGAAAUUGUCCGGGACGGGAAAUGGGACGAAAUGGAUUACAUACCACUCACAUUUCAAGAAGCUUGCAGACAGGCCGAGCCAUCUCAGCUUCGUCAUGCAGGAUUCAUGGAUGCACUGAGCACUUUAAAAAGAGUCUUGGAGCUGUCACGUUUGGAUAAAGCCGUUGAAAGUGUUUGGAAUUUAUGCGUGCAACUGUCAAAUGGAUGGAUGCCGCCCGAUUCCCUCAUUUUGGGAGCUGUUUCUCAGACAGCCUCAGCUUACGAAGUAUUUUCCUAUAUUGUCGGCUUGUAUGACCAGUAUAUUAUUCGUUUGGCCAAUUUUUAUAUUUAUUUCGGAGCUCUGUCUGCCACACUUCUCGAGAAGGGAUAUGUGAACCCAAUACCACAGGUGCAGGAAGAGCAAAACCCGAAGAGCAGCAAUAAAAUGCAGCCUUGCGAUGAUGUUGCUGGUAUGGGUGAUGCCAGUGGAGAUAAAGACGUUGGUGAGGAAAUCGAAGAAACAGGACAGGUUGAAGGGCUGCAAGGCGAAAACAAUGCCAAUGAUGAUUCUGAUGAGAAGGGAACGGAAAAGCCUAGUGAAAGCGCGAACAGGGCCACUGACAAAUUGGUUGCUAAUAAGGAGGAAGAAGCUGCUAGGGGUAAAAACGAAGAGAACAAAGCAGCGGAGGAUAAUGCUGAUGGUGAUGUUGAUAUGGAGAAUGUUGAUGAGCGCGAAAAUUUGAAUGGCGAUGACGAAGGCACUACAGAAAUUGACAAUGAGAAGGGCAAUGGCAAUGAGGAUGAAGAAAAUUUGGAGGAGGAGGGUAUGGAGGCGAUAAUGGACAAUAACUUGGACGAAAACGAUGAUGAAGUUGAAAGUGUUGAUGGCAGUGCGACUGAAGUCGAUGGUGGUCAAGAUGCAGAGGACCAACAAGACCACGAGGUAUUUUUAACCUUUGUUCCUGGAGGAUCUGAGUUUGCCGUCAGUUUUGGCAGGAGUAAUGUGACAUUUUUGACGCUUAAAGACGCCCUGAAUGUGGAUCUUAACGAUCAGCUUGAGUUGGGGAGAGAGUAG